GCCGCGGCACCAGGGCGCGCAGCCGGGCCGGCCCGAUCCCACCGGCCACACGGUGGAGCCACUGGAAGCCCACACCGCAGGCAGCCGGAGUCCGAGUUUCACCGGGAUCUAUGUCUAAGUUCUAACUCUUGCUUACAAAGACCACGAUAAUUCCUUCCCCAAAGCCCAGCAGCCCCCCAGCCCCACGCAGCCCCAGCCUGCCUCCCACCGCCCAGCUGCCCGCAAUGCCCUCCAGCGGCCCCGGGGACACCAGCAGCUCCGCUCCGGAGCGGGAGGAGGACCGCAAGGAGGGAGAGGAGCAGGACGGAGCUCGUGGCAAGGAGGAGCGGCAGGAACCCGGCACCACCGCUCGGAAGGUGGGGCGGCCUGGGCGGAAGCGCAAGCACCCCCCGGUGGAAAGCAGUGACACGCCAAAGGACCCCGCAGCGACCUCCAAGUCCCCGUCCAUGGCCCAGGACUCAGGCCCCUCAGAGCUGUUACCCAACGGGGACUUGGAGAAGCGGAGUGAGCCCCAGCCAGAGGAGGGGAGCCCCGCUGGAGGGCAGAAGGGCGGGGCCCCAGCAGAGGGAGAGGGUGCGGCUGAGACCCCGCCCGAAGCCUCCAGAGCCGUGGAGAAUGGCUGCUGCACCCCCAAGGAUGGCCGAGGAGCCCCCGCAGAAGAGAGCAAAGAACAGAAGGAGACCAACAUCGAAUCCAUGAAAAUGGAGGGCUCCCGGGGCCGGCUGCGGGGUGGCUUGGGCUGGGAAUCCAGCCUCCGCCAGCGGCCCAUGCCGCGCCUCACCUUCCAGGCGGGGGACCCCUACUACAUCAGCAAGCGCAAGCGGGACGAGUGGCUGGCACGCUGGAAGAGGGAGGCUGAGAAGAAAGCCAAGGUGAUUGCAGUAAUGAAUGCUGUGGAGGAAAACCAGGGGUCUGGCGAGUCUCAGAAGGUGGAGGAGGCCAGCCCUCCUGCAGUGCAGCAGCCCACCGACCCUGCAUCCCCCACCGUGGCCACCACACCUGAGCCCGUGGGGGCGGACGCUGGGGACAAGAACACCACCAAAGCAGCCGACGAUGAGCCGGAGUACGAGGACGGCCGGGGCUUUGGCAUUGGGGAGCUGGUGUGGGGGAAACUUCGGGGCUUCUCCUGGUGGCCAGGCCGCAUUGUGUCUUGGUGGAUGACGGGCCGGAGCCGAGCAGCUGAAGGCACCCGCUGGGUCAUGUGGUUUGGAGACGGCAAGUUCUCGGUGGUGUGCGUUGAGAAGCUGAUGCCGCUGAGCUCCUUCUGCAGUGCUUUCCACCAGGCCACCUACAACAAGCAGCCCAUGUACCGCAAAGCCAUCUACGAAGUCCUGCAGGUGGCCAGUAGCCGCGCAGGGAAGCUGUUCCCAGCAUGCCAUGACAGCGACGAGAGUGACACAGCCAAGGCCGUGGAGGUGCAGAACAAACAGAUGAUCGAGUGGGCUCUCGGAGGGUUCCAGCCCUCUGGCCCCAAGGGCCUGGAGCCACCCGAAGAAGAGAAGAACCCCUACAAAGAAGUUUACACAGACAUGUGGGUCGAACCCGAGGCAGCUGCCUAUGCACCACCCCCACCCGCCAAAAAGCCCCGAAAGAGCACAACGGAGAAGCCUAAGGUCAAGGAGAUAAUUGACGAACGCACAAGAGAGCGGCUGGUGUACGAGGUGCGGCAGAAGUGCCGGAACAUCGAGGACAUUUGCAUCUCUUGUGGGAGCCUCAACGUCACCUUGGAACACCCUCUUUUCAUCGGAGGAAUGUGCCAAAACUGUAAGAAUUGCUUCCUGGAGUGCGCGUACCAGUACGAUGAUGAUGGCUACCAAUCGUACUGCACUAUCUGCUGCGGGGGGCGCGAGGUGCUCAUGUGCGGGAACAACAACUGUUGCAGGUGCUUCUGUGUGGAGUGCGUGGACCUCUUGGUGGGGCCGGGGGCCGCCCAGGCAGCCAUCAAGGAGGACCCCUGGAACUGCUACAUGUGUGGGCACAAGGGCACCUACGGGCUGCUGCGACGGCGGGACGACUGGCCCUCGCGGCUCCAGAUGUUCUUCGCCAAUAACCACGACCAGGAAUUUGACCCUCCGAAGGUGUACCCACCUGUCCCAGCCGAGAAGAGGAAGCCCAUCCGGGUGCUGUCUCUAUUUGACGGAAUUGCUACAGGGCUUCUGGUGCUGAAGGACUUGGGAAUUCAGGUGGACCGCUACAUCGCCUCAGAGGUGUGUGAGGACUCCAUCACGGUGGGCAUGGUGCGGCACCAGGGGAAGAUCAUGUACGUCGGGGACGUCCGCAGCGUCACACAGAAGCAUAUCCAGGAGUGGGGCCCAUUCGAUCUGGUGAUUGGGGGCAGUCCUUGCAAUGAUCUCUCCAUCGUCAACCCUGCCCGUAAAGGACUCUACGAGGGCACUGGCCGGCUCUUCUUUGAGUUCUACCGCCUCCUGCAUGAUGCGCGGCCCAAGGAGGGAGAUGACCGCCCCUUCUUCUGGCUCUUUGAGAAUGUGGUGGCCAUGGGCGUUAGUGACAAGAGGGACAUCUCGCGAUUUCUCGAGUCCAACCCUGUGAUGAUUGAUGCCAAAGAAGUGUCAGCUGCACACAGGGCCCGCUACUUCUGGGGGAACCUUCCUGGUAUGAACAGGCCGUUGGCAUCCACUGUGAAUGAUAAGCUGGAGCUGCAGGAGUGUCUGGAGCACGGCAGAAUAGCCAAGUUCAGCAAAGUGCGGACCAUUACUACUAGGUCGAAUUCCAUAAAGCAGGGCAAAGACCAGCAUUUCCCCGUCUUCAUGAAUGAGAAAGAGGACAUCUUAUGGUGCACUGAAAUGGAAAGGGUAUUUGGCUUCCCUGUCCACUAUACCGACGUCUCCAACAUGAGCCGCUUGGCGAGGCAGAGACUGCUGGGCCGGUCGUGGAGCGUGCCGGUCAUCCGCCACCUCUUCGCUCCGCUGAAGGAAUAUUUUGCUUGUGUGUAAGGGACAUGAGGGCAAACUGAGGUAGUGACACAAAGUUAAACAAACAAAAAACACAAAACAAAACACCAACAACAUGAGGAUCGAGAGGAGUAUCAGCACCCAGAAGAGAAAAAGGAAUUUAAAACAAAAACCACAGAGCCGGAAGUACCGGAGGGCUUUGCCUUGCACAAAGGGUUGGACAUCAUCUCCUGAGUUUUCAAUGUUAAUCUUCAGUCCUAUUUAAAAACAAAACCAAGCUCCCUACCCCCCCCCCCCCCCCCCCCCCCCUUUUUUUUUUUGUUUUGGUCAAACCUUUUGUUUUCUACUCUUUUCAGAGGGGUUUUCUGUUUGUUUGGGUUUUUGUUUCUUGCUGUGACUGAAACAAGAGGGUUUAUUGCAGCAAAAA